AUUAGGUAAGGCCAUUAGUGUCCUGUGGAUUAUUGUAAUCCAGCCUCUCUUUCACUGCUUGCUUGGUUGCUCAGUCUACAUUUGGUGACGUCUGGUUUGGAGCAGGUUGGACGAUGGCUCUUUACGUGCAGCGUUUCGCACUCGCCCUGCUUCUUCUGGGAGCUAAUGUGUUCAUCAGCAUUCACGCUCAAGAGGCGGCAGUGUCUGAAGCAUGGACUGCCAGGUCCUGCAAAUGUGAUUGUGAAGGAGGUGAAUCUCCGACUGAGUUUUCCUCCAUUAGGGCCGGCUCUUCCAAGGUACGAGGUGUGGACUGCAUGCCAGAGUGUCCAUACCACAAGCCUCUGGGCUUCGAGGCCGGAUCAGUGAGUCCGGACCAGAUCACCUGCUCCAACCAGGACCAGUACACCGGCUGGUUCUCCUCCUGGGUCCCCAGCAAGGCCCGGCUCAACAGUGAGGGCUUUGGGUGUGCUUGGCUCUCUAAGUUUCAGGACAACAGUCAGUGGGUGCAGAUCGACCUGAUGGAGGUGAAGGUGGUGUCAGGGAUCCUCACCCAGGGCCGCUGUGAUGCUGAUGAGUGGGUCACCAAGUACAGCGUCCAAUACCGCACAGACGAAAAGCUCAACUGGAUCUAUUACAAAGACCAGACUGGAAACAACAGGGUGUUUUACGGAAACUCUGACCGCUCUUCGUCUGUGCAGAACCUCCUGCGGCCGCCUAUCGUAGCGCGCUAUGUCCGCAUCAUCCCCCUCGGGUGGCACACACGCAUCGCUCUGCGCCUGGAGCUGCUGCUCUGCAUGGACAAAUGCAAAUAAACCUCUCCCCCCGCCAUCCCCGAGGCCUUCUCCCAAAACCUCAUCUCAUCCUAAUUCCCGCCAUCGUCUGAGUGUGUGGUCUGUCAUUAUAUUCACAGAUUUUGCCCCCUCCAGCUAAAUGUAUAAAACCACAAAUUGAAGACAAAACCUUCUGAUUUAAAAAAUAAUUUGACUUAUGUGAUUUUAUUAAAUGUUCAUUUGAUGUGCUCAAAGAGCUUCCAUUCUCCCCUCUCUCCAUUGUCUGCGUUGUGCCAGCCUCUCACAUCAGGCUUUCAUUUGGUGCGUUCUCAAUAGAUUGUUCCAUUUGCAAAGAAAUGGCAUAAAUUCAAAGAAAUAAUCAGGCAUGAAGAGGGAGAGGCAGCGUUGCUAUGGAGGUGGUAUCCAACAGCUAGACACAAGCGCUUCCAAAAAUAUUUGUGUCUUCCUGUGAAAUCCUGUCUGUUUCUCCUGAUAUUCAACAGUAAACAGGGACCCUUCACUCUCUCCUCUGUAUAAUCCUUCAAAGAUAAGGCUGGUGAUAUUCUAAAUUUUUCUUACUGUCAACAAAUUCAACAUAAAAAACAAUGAAUUGAUAUAAGUAUUGUUUGUGUGGCCAAAGACGCAUUUAAUAUCUGUUUUAUUAUUCCCCAAAACUAUAAAUACAUAUAAAUGAGCCACACUGUUGCAUUUAUGGGACUAAACCAAAGAUUACUUUAGUCACAUUGAGUCAAUAACUAAUACAUUAUCCUGCUGCUCUAAGUACUCAAUGGCUAAAGUGAUCCGCAGCUGAACAUUGACUUUUGGGGAGACAAAAAUAAAGAAAUAUAAAGGAUAAAAUGAAGUUAACACAAUUGAGUUUGGUUUUACUGCCAGAGACAGAAUAAAAAGAAGCCAAAAAUAACACUUGAUUUGCUUCUGUUAGUGAGAUUUGUAGAACUGGCAUUUAUAAAGACAAAGACUUCAUACACGCCUGUGAUUUUGUUAUUCCUGUUUGUAAACGCAUUUUCACAUUCAUCCUUUUUCAGUGUGUUUGCGAUGUAAAGAUAGGGGGAUGAAUAAUGUGUUUGUGGUUAACUCCUGAUUUGUUUCUGUUACAUUUCAUUUUGUUUCCCAUGGGGCUUUGAGAACUCCUUAUUGCGUUGUAUUGACUCUGAAGAUGUUUUCUUAAUUGUAUCUUUCAACUAUUUCCUUGAUUAAAUUAACACUUGUUUCAUGUCUGUUCUGGUGUGGUGUCUGUACAAAACAAACAUAUGAGCCGUUCAAAAAUGUACAGUUGGCUUUUAUUAUGAGACCCUAUCAUUAAAGUAGAAUGGUCAGUAUAGAUACACUCUAUUAUUUCUAUUUACACCCUGUAAGUAGUGGGAAACAGCUAAAUGAAAAAAGAACGAAUGUUUCAGGAAACACAUUCAUAUUCAUGAACAAAAGGUUUUCUUCUCAUCUCAGUGGUCAGUGUAUGUGGCUUGCAUGGGGUUCACGUCUUCGUUUUCAUCUGAAGUGUUGAGUCAGAAAGCUAAUAUAAGGCUUCGGGUCACUGGCAAGGCAAGCUUUAUCAUCACAAUGUCCGAUUAAUAGUAGAGACGAACCCACUUCAGCAGUC